AUGGCCGACCAAAAUGAUGCUCAACCCAAACCUGCUGCUCCGUCCCUGCACCCCGUGUAUACGGUAACCAACAUCCAAAACAAAGUGCGUGUCUUGGAUGGCACGAAGGUCACCUAUUCCUCUUGGGUGAAGCUUUUUCAAUUGCACGCUCGUGGGUACAAGGUACUCGACCACAUUGACGGUACCCUCCCACCGGCGACUACCGACCCCUCCUAUGAAAACUGGGCUGAGGUGGACGCAAUCGUCCUCCAAUGGAUCUACGGAUCCUUGUCGGAUGAUUUGCUUGUCCGUGUUCUUGAAACUGAAUCCACCGCUCUUCAAGCCUGGAUUCGCGUACUGCCAACGGCUCAAAGAAGUGAAGAACUGGCUGGACAGCUUUCUGAUGUUGACAACCCUGUCAGUGCGAGACGCCUUGUAAUCCAACUGGUCCGCGGCUUGCCUUCUGAGUACGACACGGUUGCUGCCCAACUAAAUCAAACUCUCCCAUCUUGGGAAGAGGCGGUGAACAUGCUGGAACUUGAAGAGCAACGCCAAGCAAACCGUGAAAAAGACAACCCCAUUGCUGCUGCCGCCACCCCAGAUGCACCUCCACCCACUCCUGAACCACAAAACCAACGCCGCAAUCCAGCCCCUCGUGGUCAGUCCCGAUACCCCAAAGAGCGCCGUCCAAAUGGCCCACAUCGAUACCCAAACUGA